GAUAUUUGUACAAGGGUGGAUGAGGCGUACUCAUCCACUUUUCAGCAAGUCUACCAUUGACUAAUAUAACGAUUAACCAAACCAUGGAUCUGUGUGAGUUUAAUAUGAAUGAGGAGGAGAGCACUAUGAAUCUGGUGAUCUACAUCCCUACCUUUAUUCUGGGGCUGCCCCUCAACCUCCUGGCUCUCCUCAUAUUCUGUUGCAAGAUCAAGAGAUGGACAGAAUCAACCAUUUACAUGAGCAACCUUGCCCUGGCAGACAUAUUGUUGCUGUUUUCCCUUCCUUUUAAGAUGCUUGACCAGGAUGGGGGCUGGCCCUUUGACAGGGCCUUCUGCUCCUUUGUAGAGUCCCUCUAUUUUGUCAACAUGUAUGCCAGCAUCUUCAUCAUCACUUCCAUCAGCAUCGAUCGCUACCUUGCCAUCAUCCACCCAUUGAAUGCGAGGGCUUUCCGAUCUCCCCGGAACACUGUGAUGAUUUGCCUUGUCAUUUGGACCUCUGUGUGGUUGGGGAGCAUCCCGAUCUAUGGGUUCCAUGACAGCCCAGACUCCACUAACUCCACCAUCAUCUGUUUCCAUGGAUUCUCCGAUAAGUCAUGGAACCCAGGACUGAUAGCCUUUGUGGAACUGCUGGGCUUUGUAAUCCCGAUGGCCAUUAUGGUCUUUUGUUCAGUCCGCAUCAUCAGGAAACUUCUGCAGAGACAAAGCGAGGCUCCCGGAAACUGCCAGGUCUGCAUCAGGAUCAUCAUUGCCAAUUUGGCAAUCUUCAUCUGUUCGUUUGCGCCCACCCACCUUGGCAUCUUCCUUCAGUUUUUAGUGCGGCAGGACAUCAUUGGCAGAGAUUACUGCUCAACGCGAAGAAGCAUCAGUUUAUUUGUUCAAGGUGCCAUGUGUUUAGCCAAUGUCAACUGCUGCCUCGAUGCCAUUUGCUACUAUUUUGUCGCGAAGGAAUUUCGGGACCAGGGCUUAAGCACCAAAAGAUCCUUGGUUCCCCUUUUCUCGGUCAAUGAUAUGAGCGUUUAGCCAGAUUCAGGAUUGCUUUACCACAUUUAUUAUGAACUUUGUGUCAUGCCUUUUUACUCUGCCCUUGGUAGUUCAUUUGAUUGCAUUCUCGUCAACAUUAUAGUUGAUUCGUCAUACACACAAGGCAAUUUCUUCAGUACUUUGUAGAAAGAACGGACAU